GUGAUGGUGAAAGAUGAUUAUAUCCAUGAAUUUUGUCAUUAUGGAGCUACUGAGCCACACACCAUCGCUGCCUUCCUGGGGGGUGAAAUAUAGAGAAAAAGAAUACAAGCAAAUAUGGAAAGUGAGGACACAAAGAAAACACAAGAAAUGAAGACCGACGUGAACUUAUUAUUAGAGUGUAUAAAACAUCAAAUGGACAAUCCUGUUUCACAAAAGGAAGCUUUGGUCACUAUUCAUUCAAUUUGUCAACAAAACAGUAACGCAGGUGUUUAUUUUAGGGAAAUUGGUGGUUUGGUGUUUUUAAAAAACCUUGCAAAAUCAAGUGAACAUAGGGUGGUAAAAGAAGCAGCCUUAUAUACAUUAGGAGCUAUUGCAGAAAAAAAUGUUUAUUGUCAACAAACUUUAUGUACUUCAGAAUUUUUUGAAGAUUUAACUUGGUUCUUAUCUAAUAAUGACUCAAACACAAAUUUGAAAAGAAUGUCUGUCUAUGUUAUUUUGGUUCUGGUUUCAAACAACAGAACUGGACAAACACUCGUGAGAGAAACAGAUUGCAUUACUGUUCUGUCACAGUUGUUUAAGAAAAUUCUUUCAAAAUAUGAUUUGGAUUUGUCAGAUGAAAACGUUUUCCAGAGUUACCAGUUGUGGGCUUCAGUAUGUAGUACUCUGUGUGUCUGUGUUAACAAUCCUCAAAAUGAUGAAAAUCAAAGGUUUUGUUGCUCACUUUUUUCACAUGCUAAUGAUUGGCUAAUGAACUGCAUGAAACCUGAGAUAAUUCGCCCUAUUUGCUCUUUCAUUGGACUCACUCUUGCAAAUAACACAUAUGUACAGAAAUGCUUUGUAACUGUGGGUGGAUUGGAUGUAUUGUCCCAAGUUCUUGUGCAGCUGGAAUCUGAUUCACAUAAGACUAACUCCAGUGCUAAUCUUGCUGUUGUGGUGACGAAAACACUGGAUGCAUGCAUUGCUGACAAUUCAACUUUUGGGGCAAUAUUGUCCAAGUACCACAUUGUUUCAAAACUUCUGGCAUUACUGCUUCAUGAAAGUCUGGAUUCAGGAGAAAAAUUCAGUAUCAUGCUUGCUCUUGGUCAUUGCACAGAGGAUUGUGAGGAGAAUCAGUAUGACCUUUUAAAAAACAAUGGGCUUCCAUUCAUACUACAAGCCUUGAAUGAAUCUCAAAAUGAGGAACUAAAAAGAGCUGCUGCUUUUGUGCUUUACAAUUGCAAAAAAAUAACUGAGAAAUUAUCUUUAAGUUUAGCAGAAUAUUUUGAUGAAAGUGAUACAGAACAAUUAAAGAACACAGAAAUGAAAGCAAAGAAUCUUGAACCAUACUGGAAGAGAGCAAAGGAAAUUCUACAAAAACUGGAACACCUUGAAAGAAAAGACAAUGAGGGUAAAGAAAGAGAAACAUGUAAGAGUAUCAUGAAUACAAAUAUUGAGAAUACAUUGAAACAACUUCACGUGGAUAGUAUUGGUGAAAGAAACAAAGCAGAGGAUAAGAAUAAAAGGCAGUCCAGACAACGUCAGAGUCAUGUGCCCCGUGGAAUCAUGUCCAAAGCACAUGAAAAUGAUGAUCAAAUGAAGAUAGCAUCAAAAAAUGCAAAUCCGGUUAAUGCUUGUUAUAGGGAGAGUGGACAAAAUCAAACUUUACGUAAAACCAGUUUGAGCUGCAAUCAAAAAUUACCUGAAGGAACAACUUUUGAAAAGAAGAAUCUUAUUUCUCUACCAGGUGACCAAGUUUUUAAACAUCCAACUCACAUUAUCAAAAAUAGAAAGCAGCAGUUACCUGUUACAGAUCCUUUUACAUUAUGUUCAGAUAUAAUAAAUAAAGAAGUCACCAGUUUUUUAGCAACCGACAGUUCUUGCAAAACAUUGAAAUAUAGGUGCUCAGGUUGCAUAGCCGUGGGAAAAUCUGUGAAUAGCCGAAAUUUUAGCAACCUCUUACACUCUUGCCCAUACCAAUGUGAUCGUCACAAAGUCAUUAUGGAAGCAGAAGACAGAUAUAAAAAUGAACUAAGGAAAUCACUUAUCUGUAACAAAAAAAUUCUGUUGACUCCACGAAGACGGCGACAACUCAAUAUUGAAUCUGCUCCCAGAGGAAUAAAAAAAAGAAGAAUUCGUAAAAAUUUUACUGAAGAAGAAAUAAGUUACAUUUUCAGUGGAGUUAAGAAAAUGGGAAAUCACUGGAAUUUGAUUUUAUGGUCUUUCCCGUUUCAACAAGGUCGGACAUCUGUGGACCUUGCUCACAAAUAUCACAAGCUGACCAAAGCUCCAAGUGUCUAACUCCCUGAUUGGCAGAAAAUAUUGUCAUAGCUUAGUUUUGAUCUCUUAAAAAACCUUGAAAAAUACAAAAAAUUUAAGUAUUUGUCUAAACUUUUCCAAGGCAGAAUUUGUAGAAGCAGAGAUAUGAUAAUUAAACAGUUUGUAAUACUGGAAUUCUUGUAAUUAUUGCAACAGUUUAUAAGGUAAAUGUACUUUCAAUGUUAAGAAAAAUUUAUCAUAAG